AUGCUACCUUCUCAGCUUGUUAGACCGGUCUUCUUCACUAUUGGAAUUUUGAAAUUUCUAUGCAGCGUCAGCCUUCUCGAUGAAGUAAGCGUCGAUCAAAUACUCUACUCGUCGAGAAAUAGAAGAAAGCUAUCGGCAAUGUCGACCGAUGGUUUGAGACAGAGUAAUGUUUCGUAUCUGCUGGUUGAUCUCACAUCGUUCCAAAAAGACCUGGUCGAAAUACUGAUCUCUUUACAUGCAAGUUCUUUAAAACAGGAAAUAGAAGCUGCCGAUGACAAAAUCAAUAACGGGGACGAGAAGAUGUAUCCGCAGCUGUCAGCAAAGCAGAUGAUGUAUAUUUUCGACAGCAAUUUUAGAGCAGUUGCCAAUCAUCCCUGUCUGCUUGUCGACCAUUAUAUGCCAAGGCAGUUUCUGCGCAUGGAGCCCAAUGAAAACCUCGUCAACAACAGCGAUAAGUUCAGAAAGCUGCAGCAGAUUCUGUGUGGAAUAAUUGAGCGAGAUCGGGUGGAAUUUCCUCAGGUUCUGAGAAUUUGCCUGAUUUCCCAUAGUGUUCGAGAGCUGGAUCUACUUGAAGGUCUGAUACUGGGACAACGCGUUAGAAUCAAGAGACUGUCGGGCACGUCGCUGUACGAUGAGAAGCAUAUCUAUGUAAGGGAUGAUUCGGAAGGAGGCGAUGCGUGUGAGUCCAAGGAUGGUACACCUUGCAACGAUUCGGGUGCGAACAAGUACACGGGUUACUCGCGAGACGAUUAUGAUUACUCGGUCAAGAGGCAGAAGCGGGCUAGCACCUGUGACGAUGAUUGGCUCUUCUUGACUACCACUGCACAUCUCAUCAAUGAUCCGUCGCUUAUGGAAGAUUACGACGCCGACUGUAUAAUAAGCUUUGACCCGCUGCUGGAUCCGUCUCUGCCCGCUUUGGAAGUUCUGUACCGUAGGGCUAGCAAGCAACCGCCAAUCAUUAAAUUCCUGGUGGCUGAUUCACCUGACCACUACAUUUUGGAGAACUGCACUCAGGGCGGCUGCACUCCGUAUUCCGAAUUGAAGAAUUCAAUCGACCAUUACUUGCGCACCAGACAUAAAUCUCGUGGUGAGCUUUGCAACCUUGAUUAUAAGGAGGUGGUGAAAUCGCUUCUGAAGGGCGAGCAGCUGACAGAGAUGCUUCCUGAUGUUCGUUUAUCUCCAGUAGCCACAGAUGUCGAUCCGUAUCAGCCGCGCAUGACUGAACUGAACUCCCCUGGAUCUCAGCUCCGAAUAGAUGAAGCGGUCUUCGACAUGAAAUCGUAUCAGAGUGAGUUGAUGAAACGGGCUGUGGGCAGGUUGCGUGCUAUUCAGGAAGAUUGUAAGCAUAAUCGUGAAAAGUUGCUAAACAGAAGACUAGAAGAAACAGCCAGACAAAACAGUCUUGACGCCAUCAAGGCAACAAUUGCAACAACGUUUAAGAGAUUUCAAGAGUGUGAAAAGACAGCGAAUGACUCCGAAAAGAGAUUGGAGAGAUCUCAGACUGAAAGUGAUAAAUUAGAGCAAAGAGUCCAAUCAUUGCGGAAGACCCAGACUGAGCUGGCAAAAUUGGUCAGUUUAGAGGAUUCUUCGGAUAUCGACAAGGCUUUGCUUCUAUACACUGAAAAGAGCAAUAUUAUGCAGGCUGAACUGGAGGCGCUUCAGCAAACUAACGAAGAUAAGAGCAAGAGAAACAAUGAACUUCGAAGUGAAUAUCAACAAAAAUCGUCCCUAGCAGCUGAGCUCGCACAAAAUUUGAGCGCUCUUAGGGACUCAGAUCAAAUGCUGAAAAAGGAGGUUGCUGGUCCAGCACCUCGAUUAAACUCCGACGCCCUGAAGAGGAGAGAGAAUCGAUUGAAGGCGGAGCUGGAAGAGCACAGAAGGAGAAGCAAAUUUCUCAAAGCCUUUAUUUCAAAACUGACUUCGUCGUACGAUUUGAAAUUAAACGGCGACGGCCGUUCCCAAAACUCUUCGUCAUCUUCAUUAAAUGGUAGGGCCUCAGGGCACGGUACAAGGUCCAGGCUUACUCGAUCCAAUACUCCCACAUACAUAUGA